AUGUCAGUAGGUCAUCUCCUCCGCUUCCGCCGUCGGCGAGCAUCGUCACAGCGGCAGACCCCCGGCUCUUGGUUCGUACUCGUCGAAGACUUUCCGUCUCCAGACCACAGACCACCGGCGGGGCCCACUUGUUCGCCGACUUCUUGCAGGCGAUCAUCACACGCGAGUUUUAUAUGCGAUAUAAACCAAUUUUGUUGUACAUUGUUGGACACUUACGUUUUAAGGAUGAGAGAGUGCGGUGAACGGAUACGCAGGGAGCGGGCUUCUCCCUCGAGCCCCCGCAUUGUGUUGCGCAGGGUGCUGGUGCUGGCCGAGGGGCGGCAGUUUCGUGAGGCGGCUGCCGUCCUCCAGCGCCUCGGAAGCCAAACGAUCGCGUCCGUGGCCAGUGACAUACCCUUGGAUUUACUUGUAGAGGGUUUGCCUCAUUCUGCUCAGCUAUUGGAGACAUUAUUUAAUAAAUUGACCACUUCAGGUCAGAGACCCAACGUGAAUUCAGAGCAGGUGGUUUGGCAGUUGGUAAAACUGUUCGCCACCCAUGAUGACCCAACAUUAAAAACCAAAGUUGCUAGAUUGGCAAAAUCCUUAUUGGGCUACCAACCUGAUAUACAGAGGAUUUUGAGUACUAGAAAAAAGGCGUUGGAACAAGCUAUACAAGGUUUAGGGUGCCACGGCCUGACUCCCGACAUCAGCGGCCUCACCCAUCUACACGUCGCCCUCAAAACCGAGCUGCAACGGCACAUAGACGCCUACAAGAUCGCGCUGCACCGCCUCGACGAACUAGGAGUUGCCUGCGCCGACAACAAGAAGCCUGUGGACGCCAGCCACCAGAGGCUGCUGUCGCUGCACCACAGCGAGGUGCAACAGCGGCUCAUCGAUAACAAAACGCUGCUCACGAUUUUGGAUAAGCCGGCGUUGAAACAGCUCGCCCCGCUGAUUGAUACGCUCACUGCCCGGGUGCAGAACGACAAGGAGGCCCUCUUCUGCCUUUCGCAGCUCAAACGGCUUCAGCCAGUACAAGACGAUAUCCCUGUAGCCACUGUGCUUAUGUCGUUUUCACGAGGAUGCGGUACGCUUUUGGAAUUAAUGCAUUUGCCUGAUAGUCCUUGCACGAGUGACACAGGGUACCAUUCUGAGCCAGAUACAGAAAUUGAUGGAGGAAAAGACGCUUUGGGUCGAUACGGCGCUUUGUAUUACCAGAGUAGGCCGCGGGCACUGGAAGCGCUGGAUUCCCUUCCAGAUCUGGUCCAUGCAACGCAGCUAAAGUCGAAAAUACUUUUUUCUGUUGUCGUGCUCGCAUUCAGGACCUGCAAAAAUCAACGUGAAAUCAAAAUCCGCGAGACAUUCAGAACCCUCCACAUAGACAGCAGAUCACCAACGGCUGAAACCUUACGCUUUGACAUCAUGAGAUCGCUCGCGUCUACAGCAGACAAUUUCCCUCUCACAGACGCUGAAAAUCAAGUGCUGGCCCUCGUGUGCGACACCCUCAGAGAAUACAAAUGCUUAGAAACCUGCGCCCCACUAAGAAGAUACGUUGGGGAAGCCACCAAGGUGGCUUGGAGUCUGGUGAACCAGGUUCCGGCGUACGAGCUGGACACAGAUUUCCAAACGCCAGGUCGUAUGCAACCCGAUAAGCACCAGAGGCAUCAUUCUUCCGACAGAAGCAGCGACACUGUCAAGUCGUAUUUGUGGCCUGCUAUGAUGGUGCAAAAUUUGUAUGUGUAUAAGGCGGUCGUGGUUACGGGAGGGACUUAGAUUUAAGAUAUUUUUAGGGUUUAUGUAUUUUAUUGUAAGUAUCUUGGGUCUUAGUUUAAUCAAUCAAGAAAUAGAGCCCCGUUUCAUAUUAGUUGGCCCUGUAAUUGUUAGUAAUGUUCCAGUUUCUUCCCAGUUUUUAGUUUUUUAGCGACAGGUUGGUUGUUUUGUGUGAAAGUAUGAUAUUUUGAAUGGUAUACCAAGAUAAUUUUUGUAC